AGUUCGUCUUUCUUAGUUUGGUGGUAAGUGGUAAAUAAUGGUAAAUAACAACACCAACAAGAACAACACUAAUAAACAAUAAACAACAAAUCGUUAAGUAUUUUUAUCCAGUUUAUUUGUGAGCUAUGGAAUUUGAAAUGGUUCAACCUAAAACUGAAAUUAAGACAGAGUUUAUUGAAUAUGAUCACAGCUUAGGCUUACAGAAUGAAAAACUGAUUUUACUGUCUUCCUCUAAUAACCAAGGAGAUCCAAGUGGUCAGUUUUUCACAUCAACAGACCUUGAAUACUUGAAGAAUGAACCAGAAGAAAAUAAACCAGCAAUGGAAGUAAAAACUGAAAUUGGGGAGUUUGUUGAAAUGGACCAAAGAUAUACAGAAAAUCAGCUAUUCACACCACUAAAUCUUGGAGAUUUGAAGAAUGUACCAGAUGAAGAUAAUUCAGAUUCUUCUCAGAACAUAAACCAAAUUAUGGAAAACAUACAAGAACGAAGUCUACACUUUGAAGAAACGACAUCAAAAACUUUGAUUCGUUCUAAAUCUUUCAACUGUGAAGUUUGUUUUAAGGUGUUUCCUAAAAAACAAAAGCUAGAGUCACAUAUGCAAGUGCAUAGUGGAGAGAAACCUUUUGAGUGUGAAAUGUGUAGUAAGCAGUUUUCUCACAAACAAAAUGUAGACAGACAUAUGAGAAUUCACACUGGAGAAAGACCGUACCAGUGUGAAAUUUGUUUUAAGCAGUUUAGUGAAACAAGUCCUUUAAAAAAACAUUUACGAAUGCACAGCGGAGAAAAACCUCACAAGUGUGAAUUUUGUUUUAAGCAGUUUACUGAAGCGAGUGGUUUAAAACAACAUUUAAUGACACAUACGGGAGGAAAACCUUACAUGUGUGAAAUUUGUUUUAAACAGUUUCCUAAAAACCAAAAUUUAGAGGUACACAUGAGAGUGCAUACUGGAGAAAAACCGUUCGAAUGUGAAAUAUGUUUUAAGCAGUUUUCCCUGAAGCAACAGAUCCAAAGACACAUGAUAGUUCACACUGGAGAAAAACCUCACACGUGUGAAGUUUGCCUUAAGCAGUUUCUUCAAAAACAUCAUUUAAAAACACAUAUGAAAGUUCACACUGGGGAAAAACCGUAUGAGUGUGAAAUUUGUUCUAAGCAGUUUUCUCAUAAAUCUCAUUUUAAUACACAUAUGAGAGCGCACACCGAAGAAACUUAUCACAAGUGUGAAAUCUGCCUUAAGCAGUUUACUCGCAAGAGUAGUUUGAAAAAACAUUUGAGGAACGUGCAUGCUUUAGAAAAAUCACCGUUAGAAGAAAAAUCUAUGUCGUAGAAAAUCUAGAGGGUGCCUCCACUGCGAUUUAUAAAUCGCUGAAUUAUAACGAAGAU